AUGGGAGCCGAUAGUCUCUGGAGGACCGCCAAAGAUAGCAAUGGGAAAGUGUACUACUACAACACCAAGACUGGUGUAUCGCAAUGGGAAAAGCCUGGAGUGUCGGCAGAUAUCGAGACAUUGAAGCAGCAUGGCUGGGGGGUUGCCAGGACGAAAGACGGGAAACUGUACUACUAUAAUUCGUCUACUGGAGAGUCUCGAUGGGAGGCACCUAAAUUUGAGGAUGCCACAACCGAGGUUUCUAGAGGUAAGAAGGAGGUGAGAUCUGAGCCAGAAGUAAAAGAAGACGUCAAGGUUGCUACUACGCGAGUAUUGAGCAAGUCUGACACCCGAUCAAAGAUCUUGCACGUUGAUUCAAAGUCGAAGGAAGAUGCUGAAAAGGAUUUCAUUGCAAUGUUGAAGGACAAUAAUGUGGAUGCGACCUGGUCGUUUAGGAAGAUUAUUGCAGAGUUAGGCAGUACAGAUCCGAGGUAUUGGGUAGUGGACGAUGACCCACUUUGGAAACAAGACAUGUUUGAGAAGUACCUAUCCAAUAGAUCGGAGGAUCAGCUGAUUAAGGAAUACUCUGAAAUCAAUAAGUUCAAAGAAGCGUAUGUGAAUAUGCUGAAAGAGCAUGAGGAAAUCAAAUAUUACUCAAGAUGGAAGACUGUAAAGAAGCUGAUCUCAAAUGAACCUAUCUACAAGCAUUCCACAGUCAGUGAGUCGAUAAAAAAGAAAACAUUUAAGGAAUAUAUCGAUAAGCUUCUCAAACGUCAAACUGAAGCUGACAAACAAUUAAAGGAAAACGCUUUGAAAGAAGUCAGGGAGUAUCUACAUAACAUCCUUCAUACUGAUGGUGCAGAUAUUGCAAUUGCUGAUCCCCUCUCUUGGAAAAAAGUUUCAGAACAAUACCUGUUCGAAAACAAUAAAAGAUAUAUGGCUAACAAACAUUUUCAAGUAUUGUCUAAAUAUGAGGUGCUUGAAGAGUAUAUUAAUAUUAUAAAUAGUUUGAGAAAUCAAAUGGAGAGAAAACUGGAGACAUUACAGGCGCAUAAUAAUACACAGGACAGAUUAGCUAGAGAUCGUUACAAAGAAAUGUUGAGCAACGUGAAAACCACGAAAGGUGAUACGAUUAGAGCCAACACAACGUGGGAACAAGUCUACCCGAAUAUCUGUAAAGAAGAGGAAUUUUUGGGCAUGCUUGGAAGAAAUGGUUCCAAUGCGUAUGACAUAUUCUUAGACCUUGUGGGAGAGAAGAAAAAUGUAAUUUAUGCACAUAGAUUAGUUGCCGACCAGAUUCUUCUGGACAACGGCUUUCGAAUACCUGAUUCCUCUUCAAAGGUACAAGAUGAACAUACAACAGUGAAAAAUUAUUUAACACAAGAUCCAAGACUGAAAGAUAAUGUCGAUGAUGUGGACAUGGACCUGCUUAUUGAAGCCUUGUUCAAAAAUUGGAAGGAAAAAGAGAACGAGCGCAAACAGACAGAAAGACGUAUUCUUGAGCAGAAAAAACGUUACUUCAAACUGAUGUUGGAAAGGAUGUUCAAGAAGCACGUUAACGUUGCUACUGACAAGUAUUCCGAUUUACAAGAACUUCUUAAAGAUACCCCGGAAUACACGGCGUUGGAAGAUAACGAUACAUUGAGAGAGAGAUUACUAUCUGAACAUCAACAGCAGUUGAAGAAAAGGAUGGUAAAUAGUCAAGCACCUCGAGUUUCUGAGACGUUAGGUAGAAAAAGAACAUUAGCUAAAUCCAAUGAUCUAGAUUAUUAG